UGUCUCCGCAGAUCUCACAACAAGUCAAACCAGUGAACAGAUAGAGAGAGAGUAAUCACAACGAGAAAACAGCUAACAGAGACAAGAUGAAGGGAAUAAUAAGAGUCGUGCUGGUAGCUAUCUACCUUGGGACGGGCAGUGCGUUUUUGUGUUACCCAGAACACAUCCAAAGCCAGUUCUGCAACUCCGACUAUGUUUUCCGAGUAAAGGUCAAGUCAGGCCCCAAAUUCGAGGUGCCUCCACUUCCAGCUGGCCCCGACCCACCACGCCCCGGAAAAGACAACAACAACAACAAUAACAACAACAAUGGCAACAAAGACAAGGACAAGGAAGUCGGUCCAGACCCCCUGAUCUCUGAACCCGCCCCGGUCAUCCGGGGUCGAGAGCCACGUGCAGCUGCGAGCACUGGUGGUCACCCACCGAGGAUUCUAACCUUCCAAGAAGUAACAAUCAAGAGACUUCUUCGUGGGAAGAGCAAAGUGAACAAAACCAAAGGCUUCGAGAAAUUCACAAAGAAUCUGCUGACAAGGUAUAACGCCCGCGUCUACACUGCUCCCAAGGUGAAACUGGAGCCAAACAAGGCAUACUUAGUGGCGGGAAAAGUGAUUGACGGCCGACUGUGGAUCUCGUACUGUAACUUACACACUGAGUGGGAUCAUCUGAGCAAGAGCCAGCUCGGAGGGCUCAAGAAAUAUUACCAACAAGGUUGCAACAAGUGCAAGGUCCAGUUGUGUUUCUCCGCCUCGCAGUGUGAGAGAAUGACUGCACCAGAUCGAUGCAUGUGGCAGAUGGAGAUAGGAAACCCCACAGAGGACUGCUACGUGAAGGCUAGCGCUUGUAAAAAGGUCGGAGACAGAUGUAUGUGGAAGAACGAAAAGUCAGCGCUAAAAUGUAAGAAGGAGAAGAAGCAAAAGAAAGAAAAGAAGAAUAACAAUAAAACAAAAAUCCCUCUGCCCUGAACGAUUUGAUUAGGAGCCUAAAAUAAUGGAAGAGGCAAGUAAAAUGGACAAGAGGAAAUGAAACAACCAUAAAACGUUGUAGAGAAACAUUCGAAAGUGAAAGGUCGCGAAGAUAUUGCAAAGAAAUGAUUUUGAGUUUAGAUAUAACAGUGACUGAAGCGUUCCCUUGACGAGUGCUCAUGCGCACCGAGGUUUGCAAAGCGCACACAAUUGAUAGAAAACACACAAAAAUACAAAAUAAAAAUAUAUCUGGUUAACGCAAAGACAAAAAGAUAUAAAAGUCACUGCUUUUAGCUACUGACAUUUUAAUAGAAAUGCAGUUAAAAUGUACAUAAAAAUAAUGACAAGAAUGUAUAUAGUAUUUGAUAAAAAAUACACUUUGUAGUAAA